AGUUCAAAAUCUCGUUUAAGUGGCAGUCAUUCUUCUGGGGGCAGUAGUGGAUAUGGUGGUAAGCCGUCUACUCAAGCAUGCAGUAGUAGCUUACAUAUAAAACGAGGUAAGGAAAAGACAAGAAAGAAGAAGAAACUAAAGUGUUCUGUGCAGCCCAAUACUAAUGUACUCGAAGAAGGGCAAAAACCAAAUGAACAAAAUGAUGAUCAAAUUGGAAUGACGGAGAAAGCAAUUACACAAUGCAGCCGUCAGAUCGAUAAUAAAGAAAACUUCGAAAAUGAAACUGACGAACAAACAAAAUCAGAAAAGUUUUUGCAGUUUCCAUCACCUUCCUCUCUUUCUGAAAAUGUGCAACAAUGCAGCAAGUCAGAAAAAACUUGGGAGUCAGCACCAGGAAAACUAGAGAGUUCUGAAAAAACGGAAAAAGUGAGAGAGGAAAGUUUUUGUUGCGUUAUAUCUAUGCACGAUGGAAUAGUUCUUUAUACAACACCAAGCAUAACUGAUGUUCUAGGAUUUCCACGAGACAUGUGGUUAGGUAGGUCAUUUAUUGAUUUUGUUCAUCCCAAGGACAGAUCAACAUUUGCUAGUCAAAUAACAACAGGCAUUCCAAUCGCAGAAUCACGUUGCAACGUAUCGAAAGAUGCACGUAGUACAUUUUGUGUAAUGUUACGUCGAUAUCGUGAUUUGAAAACUGGUGGAUAUGGUGUCAUUGGUCGUCAUAUAAAUUAUGAACCUUUUCGUUUGGGAUUAACAUUUCGAGAAGCUCCUGAAGAUGCACGCCCAGAUAAUAUUCUUACAUCAAAUGGAACUAAUAUGUUAUUAGUAAUAUGUGCAACACCUAUCAAAAGUUCUUAUAGAGUGGCAGAUGAAAUUUUGUCGCAUAGAAGCCCUAAAUUUUCAAUUAAACACACGUCUACUGGAAUUAUUUUGUAUGUUGAUAAUUCCGCUGUUUCAGCUUUAGGCUAUUUACCGCAGGAUCUCAUUGGUAGAUCUGUUUUAGAUCUGUAUCAUCAUGAAGAUCUAGUUCUUUUAAAAGAAAUUUAUGAAACAGUUAUGAAGAAGGGUCAAACUGCAGGUGCAUCAUUUUGCAGCAAACCUUAUCGUUUUUUAAUACAAAAUGGCUGUUACGUUUUACUGGAAACUGAAUGGUCCAGUUUUGUGAAUCCUUGGUCCAGAAAACUAGAAUUUGUCAUUGGACAUCAUAGAGUAUUUCAAGGCCCAAAAAAAUUUAAUGUUUUCGAACCAGCAGCAGGUAAUAACAAACCGAAGUUAUCUGAUGAAACAUGGAACCGUAAUUUACAUAUUAAGGAUGAAAUACUGAAGUUAUUAUCAGAGGCAGUAUCAAGACCGUCAGAUACAGUUAAGCAAGAAGUCUCCCGACGUUGUCAAGCUUUGGCCUCAUUUAUGGAAACUUUAAUGGAUGAAGUUACACGCCAUGAUCUUAGAUUAGAGCUACCUCAUGAGAAUGAACUAACAGUUUCGGAAAGGGACUCCGUUAUGCUAGGAGAAAUUUCACCACAUCAUGAUUAUUACGAUAGCAAGAGUUCAACAGAAACUCCUCCGAGUUACAAUCAAUUAAACUACAAUGAAAAUCUGCAACGUUUUUUUAACAGCAAACCUGUAACUGCACCUAUAGAAAUAGAACCACUAAAACUGGAACAAUCUUUCAAUACAUCAGCUGAUACACGUAGUACACUAAGUCCAAUAAACUGUUUUGAGGAAAGUGGUGGAAGUGGUUCGUCACUUAAUUUAACAUUAGGCAGUAAUGUGCACAUGAGCAGUGUUACAAAUACAAGUAAUGCAGGUACUGGAACUUCGUCAGUUAGUAUCCAACUUGUGACUCUUACAGAAUCAUUAUUAAAUAAGCAUAACGAUGAGAUGGAAAAAUUUAUGCUAAAAAAACAUCGUGAAUCCCGUGUUCGUUAUGGCGGAAUGAGUAAAAAAGUUUUCGAAAAGGCAUUAGACUACAGUGCACAUGGCAUUAAACGAGUAGGGUCUCAUUCCUGUGAAGGGGAAACUAAUAAACCAAAACACCAAAUUACAAACCUGAUGGAUAUACAGAAAGAUUAUACAGAACAUCACAAUAUGGCUUCUUCGAGUAGUAAAAUUUUUGGAAAUCUUCAAGCUUCUUUAGGAACAUCCUUAAUCGAUCCAAGUCAGUACCCGAGUGAGUUUUUGUGUAACCGUAAAGUUAACUUAUGGCCUCCUUUUUCUGUUGGUUUAACGUCAUCAAGAACAUCCCAAACUAUUGCGCAAAAUAGAUUAACAUCUCAGCAUGGUUUCUUUCCCGCACUAUAUUAUAUUCCAACGACCACAUCACAUUUACAAAGCAACUCAAAUGUAUCUGAUAUGCCAAGUACUUCUACGCAAGCUCUACCACUUCAUUAUAUGGCUGGUGUAAUGUAUCCUCACCCAUCACUUUUCUGCACUCAUCCUGCUGCUAUGUUAUAUCAACCAGUAUCAUUUUCUAAUUUAGCAAAUCCAAUGGCACUCACUGACCAAGCUAGUAGCUCAGCAUCGUUUAAAUCGUCACAACCACAGUUAAUGACAUCAACUUUUUCAAAUGCUCAAGGUGCAUUUCACUCAAUCACACCAGUACAGCUUCAAUGCUCUUUUUCACAAGCAACGUCAAUAAAGGCAGAACCUGGCUCAAAUAUGCCAAAUUCUGAUAGUAAUGGUAAUAGCGACGAUAUGGAUGGCUCAAGUUUCUCAUCCUUCUAUUCAUCAUUUAUUAAAACAACUGAUGGAUCUGACAGCCCACAAGAAACUGACAAGGAGUUCAAACAGGGCAAAUACAAAGAAAAAAGUAUUGUAAAGUUAAAGGAACAAGAAGAAAACGACUCGCAACAUAGUAAACAAUAAUUCUUGCAUAUAGGAAAAUUAUAUAAAUUUAUCACCGAAUUUCACUGCAAAUGAAAUCAAAAAGUAUGGUUUAAAUAAUAUAAAACUGCUGUUAUUAAUCUAUUGGCAAAGUGUAAACUGUACGAAUAUUUUUAAAAAUAAAUGCUAAUUUUGUUUCUUUAAAUGGUUA